AUGCAACUUUGGCUGAUAGUCCCAUUGGUACUAAUUGUAUGGUAUGUACUUAGAGUAAGGAAGCCAAGGUUAUAUUAUAAUAAAGAUGGCCAGAUAGCUCGUAUCCUUUCAAGAAUGAAGUCAAUUCAUCAAUUUUAUUUCCCAACACCAUGGUUAAUUGGCAAAGAUUUUCAUACGAUAUGGGGCAUGCAGUAUAGAAAACAUUCCUCCGUUAAGCAAGAAAGAGAAAUUUUCAAGUUUGAAGAUGGUGGCUCAAUCCCUCUUGAUUACAUGUUACCAGAAAAGGUACCAGAGAAUCCAAUUGUUAUUAUUGUGAUGCAUACAAUGGGUGGUGGAUCCAGAGAACCAUGCGUUAAUAAUUUAUGUGAAGCUUUAUAUAAGAAAGGAAUGAUCCCUGUCAUUACUGGUGCACGUGGAUCAAGUGGAUGUCCAUGGACAAAUGAAAAAUUCUCAACAGGUAUUGAUUUCUCUGAAAUUAAUCAAGUUGCUGCUUAUCUUAAAGAAAAGUAUCAUCCAUCUCACAUGUUCUUAGCCGGUUUCUCUGCAACAGCAUUUACAUCAAUUGCAUAUGCUGCAAAAUUCAAAAAUUUCGAAGCAGUUGCUGCAAUUUCACAUUGCUUAGAUGCAAUGGGUUCUCAAAGAAUGCUACUCAAAGGAUUAGGUCCUAAACUCUACAGCCCAUUCAUGCUGAGCAAACUGAAGCAUUGGUUAAGCAAAAAUCAAUAUGUCAAAGACGAAAUCAAGCAAGAAGCCAAUAAAACAAAGCGCCUGAUCGAUUUUGAUCGUAUUGUCUGUGCUCCACAGCUUGGAAUGACUGUUGAAGAGUAUUAUCAUGCAAUUGACAUCAAAGACAAGCUUGACAACCUCAAAUGUCCAGCACUUGUUCUUGUUUCCAAAGAUGAUCCAUUUGCUGAUCUUUCUGCUGCUCCUUACGAUGAAACAAAGAGAUGCGACAAAGGUUUGUAUGUUGAAACAAAUGAAGGUGGUCAUGUUUCAUUCUUAACAGGAUUAUCUGGAAAUAAGUCACUUAUUGAUAAGAUUGUUCCAGAAUUCUUUGAAGCUGUAAUAUAUGAUCACAAAUAUUUCAUCCUCUAA